AUUUUGUCUACAGUCCUGCUCGAAGGAGAAGAUGCAGUAAAGAGAUUAACCCUCCUCUGAUGAGUGAUUUGAGGAUUGUUCUACUGGGGACGAAUGCUUCAGAAAACAGUCGAGUGGGAAACGUCCUGUUAGGAAGAGCAGCGUUUGAGACUGAAGAACCUCCAGAUGUUGUAGAAAGAGUUGGAGGAAAGGUGAAGGACAAACACAUGAUGGUCAUCAACACUCCAAACAUCUCACAACAUGAGAUGACACAGAGAGUGAGAGAGUGUGUGUAUCUGUCUGCUCCAGGACCUCAUGUGAUCCUUCUGGUACUGAAACAUGAUCAGUGUUCAGGAGAAGAGAAAGAACAUGUGGAGAUGCUGCUCAACUCUUUCUCUCACGCUGUUUAUCAACACACAAUGGUGUUCACCACACAAGAGUCACACACUCAAGUCAAUGACAUUGUACAGGCAAUCAUUCACAAAUGCAACAACAGACACUUCAGACUGGAGACAAACAGCACUGCUGCUCAACUCAUAGAGAAAUGUGAAGAAAUUGUGCACAGCAAUGAAGGACAAUAUUUGAUUUGCAAAGAAAAAG